AGGCGCCGCGCCGCGCAGACGCCAAAAAACAAGCGAGCAGGGCUGUGCACCAUAACCUCAAAAUUUUUGAAGCGUUUACUUAGUGGUAAACAAAACUUGUAACCACGGAAAGUUACGUAGUUACGCCGACUUGAAAUGAUUUGAGAUGUCUGAAGGGAAAAUGGGGAAAGCUGAAGAGAUUCUAAGUGGAUUUCAAGUACAUUGGGCCAAACUCAUAGACGUUGACAGUGAAAAGGUUCUUUGGCACGGAAGUGGUGACUUUUCGAAUCCAGAUAUUGAACAUGAGGCAAAAGUACCUAAGGAAAUAUUGCAAAGCCGUGUUGUCAGGAGAGAAAUUUGCUUCUCAUCAGCCGAACCCAUCAAUAAAUUCCGUUUAGAGCACAGAUUGCUAUUCAAGGGCCGAGCUUUAGAAGAGUGGUAUUUUGAAUAUGGCUUUGUCACACCCAAUUCAACUAACACAUGGCAUUCAAAUAUUGACGCAGCUCCUGAAUCACAACUUAUGCCAGCAUCAGUAUUGAAUGGCAACGUUGUCAUUGAGACCAAGUAUUUUUCUGAAGAUUUACAUCUUUCUACGUCAUCAAUUCGCCUAUUUUAUGUUUAAGCGGCAAAACUCUGACCAUACAAAUUUUAUUUAGACAUUGAUCACAUUCAAUAAACAUUGAUUUAGCUCAAA